CGCAAAAAAAAAACCGAGAAUAGUUGUUCACACUAUCAAGAUCAAGAGCUAAAUGGCUGAUGAUGACCAUGACUCCACGGAACGUAAAUAAAACUCGCAGCUGACAGACGGAGGAGUCUUCUUCCUGCACAGGUCUGCCUCAAGUACAGCAAGAUGGGUGAGAGGAAAGGCGUCAACAAGUACUACCCCCCCGACUAUGACCCAAGCAAGGGGGGGCUCAACAAGUUCCAGGGCACGCAUGCCUUGCGGGAGCGUGCCCGGAAGCUGCAUCUCGGCAUCCUCAUCAUCCGCUUUGAGAUGCCGUACAACAUCUGGUGUGAGGGAUGCAAUAACCACAUUGGCACCGGGGUGAGGUACAAUGCAGAGAAGAAGAAGGUGGGCAUGUACUACUCCACCCCUGUCUACCAGUUCAGGAUGAAAUGCCACUUGUGUGACAACCACUUUGAAAUCAAGACGGAUCCAGCAAACCUUGAUUAUGAGAUAGUGAGUGGAGCACGGCGGCAGGAGAGGAGAUGGGACCCCACGGAGAACGAACAAGUGGUGCCGGAGGACAAGGAGGUGACGCGCAAGAUGGCAGUGGAUGCUAUGUACAAGCUGGAGCAUGGUGUGGGGGACAAGGCCAAGGCAAAGGAGGUGGACCCGGUGUUGAAGGACCUGGAGGAGUUUCAGGCAACACGGUGGCAUGAUGACUAUAGCUCAAACCAGGCACUCAGGGCAAGGAUGAGAAAAAAGCGUGAGGAAGCCAAAAGCCAAGCAGAGAAAGAUUCGGCCCUCAACUUGUCUGUUCCUCUCCUCCCACCCACUGCUGAAGAUGCCAAGAUUGCAAAGCUUCUACAGUUUACUCAGUCCAAGUCAUCUGAGCAGCUUAGGAAGGAGAAGAGAGCCAUCAUCGACGCCCGGUCUGUCUUCACAAAGCUCAAGACAAAGAAGGUUUCCCAGAAGACCAAGAAGGCACUGGCCAGGCAGCAGCUUCACAGCAUCAUGUCCCAUUCGCAAAAGACCUUCAGUAACUUUAAAAACCCUUAUGGAGGUCCUACUUUGGGGAUCAUUCAUAAGAAAUCGACCUUAGAAAGAGAAUCAAAGUCAAAGAAGGAAUCAGAAUCAUUAUCAGCUCCAGAAAGAGAGUCAGAAAGAUCAGAGGAAGAAUUAGAAUCCGUAUUAACCUCAAGGAGAGAGUCGGAGGUGUUGAGUAUGGAGUCAGAGGGUACCAGCACAAGCACAAGUAUUAAUGGAUCACAGGAAGGAACUUGUAGUGAAGUGCCAACAGUAGAGAAACAGAGUUGUAGUUCUGAAGCAACAGGAAGCAGAAAUAACACAAGUUUGGUGAGUUAUGACAUGAGUACAAGUGAUAGUGAUGAUGCAAGUUAGUGAAUGCUCUGGAUAUAAAAUUGGGUUUAUUAUUACAAUAGAUUAUUGAGAUCUGUAGUUAAGACAGCUCUAUGAUCAAUAUUAUUUAUACUAUUAAUAAAUAUUUUUUGCUGGGAAGUAAGAA